AUGACUUAUAAAAAUAAAUCUGUUGUCUCAAAAGAGAGAUCAAGUGAAUGUUUAGGUUUUUUUACCACUCAGUCAACCUGUAUUGAGGAAAGUGAUGAUCCCUCAAUUACAAAGACACUUGUGAAAUCAAACAAUAAUACUAUUGAUUACCUAUCUAAACUACAACAAAUAAACUAUGCAAAAAAUCAAGGCUUUAUAGGUUCUUUUAAAUUGAUUUGGAUCUUGUGUAUUGAAUAUUUUAAAUCUAAUGGAUACUGUCAUAAGAAUUGCAAAAAGAUAAGAAAAUUGAAACUUCCUAUAUAUCGACUAGGAUAUGUUGUAAUUCUGCUUAUUGCAAGCUCUACUUUAUCUUAUUUAUUUUCAAAAAUGCUCAUUCAAUUUUGGAGAGCUCUUGAGCAAAAAAAUAAGGAAGAUUUUCAACGAGCUUUAGUUUUAUAUAUGCUAGUAUUAAUAGGCAAUGCACUUAUACAUGUUAUAAAAAUUGAUAUAUUAUCAAGAUUACAAGCAGAUUUGCGAAUGUGGAUCACUGAGAAAUUUUUGGAUCAAUACUACUUUGAUAACACUUGUUAUCAGUUUGCUAUUAAGAAGACUCUUGAUAAUCCUGAUCAGCGUAUAGGCGAAGAUGUUGCCUUAUUUGCAUCAUAUUUACUACAUCUAAUAUGUAGGUCUAUUGACAACUUUUUUGAUUUUUUAGUACAUUCAGUUGUUCUAUAUAAGAUUAAUAUCAGUUUAUUUACAGUAUCUUUAUUAUACUCCGCUAUAGGUACAUACAUUAGUGUAAAAUUGGGAAGUGAUAUUAUUCUUGCUAAAGUGGAAGAACGAAAUAUUGAGAGUAAUUUUCGAUAUUCAAUAGUUCGUGUUAGGGAAAAUGCAGAAAAUGUAGCUAUGUAUGGGGGAUGGGAUUAUGAAUUAAGUAAUCAUAAAGAUAUUUUACUGAAAAUAACCGAUGCACUAGUAAAUAGACGAAAGCUUGAAACUAAACAAGGAUUUUUUAACAUUAUAUUUCAAUUCCUUAUCAAAAUAAUCCCCAUUGUAGUUAUAUCACCUGAUUACUUCUCUGGAGCUAUUACUAUGGGUGAAAUUAACCAAGGUAGUUCUGCAUCCCGUAAUAUUAUUGAUGAUAUUUCAAUAUUAGUGAAUACCUUUGGUGAAAUUAGUACUAUUUUCUCAUCUGUUGAUAGGAUUGGUCACUUCAUCUCUCUUCUAGCUAAAGAGUAUGUUGAUACAGUAUCGGCUAAAAUAGGUGAAUCGAUUAUCAAAGAAACUGAAGAUAAAGAAAUAAAUUUAUCGGUUUUACAAAUAGAAGAUAAAUUUUACAAUUUAUUGGAGAAGAGUGUAGACAAAUUUCUUUUUAAGUAUCCAGAAAAUAUCUUGCUUAAUUCAGUUAGAAAACCUUAUUUUGUUAUUGUUAAGCAAAAUGAUGGAUCAAAACAUAUUGGAAUUUCUGGAAGAAUACGAUCUUUAAUUUGGGAUAAAGAUUAUUUAAAAGUAGACAAUAUUGAUCUUUAUACUCCUGAUUUCAGUAGACAAGUUUUUUCUGGAGUUUCAUUCUGUAUUAACCCAGGUGAAAAGAUCCUCAUUUCAGGAGAGUCAGGUGUUGGCAAAUCAUCUUUAUUUAGAGCUAUAAAUGGUAUAUGGUUUAAUGGUUCAGGAAGUAUCUAUAAACCUCCAUCUUACAAAAUAUUAUUCGUUCCUCAGAAGCCUUACUGUACUAUAGCAACUCUUAGAGAUCAAUUAUUAUAUCCAUUAAAACUAGAUAGUUUUUUAUAUAAUAAUACUUUUAAAAAUAUCAAUGAUAUAGAUAGUUAUUUGGUGGAUAUCCUAGAUAAAGUUGGUCUAUCCUAUAUUAAGUCAAGAAUUCAAGAUACAGAUGAUGGCAACUUUCUUGAUGUUGUUAAAGAUUGGUCAAUUACACUUUCGCUUGGUGAACAACAACGUCUAGCAUUUGCAAGGAUCUUGAUAUUCAGUCCAUCAAUUUGCCUUUUGGAUGAGGCUACAAGUGCUUUAGAUGUAGGUACAGAAGCUAAACUUUAUAGUCUAUUAUAUAAAAGGCCAGAUCUAACUUAUAUAAGUAUAAGCCAUAGGCCUACAAUUCAAAAAUAUCAUGAAAAGGAACUUAUAAUGAAAAAUAACUGUGGGGUUCAUUUAGAAUAUAUUACACAGUAG